CAGCGCGCGGCGGGGGCUCCGCGUGUCACAUGUGGGUGAAGGAGCGGCUGCGGCCCUGCCGGGACGGGACGGCGGGGAGGGCUCCUCCGUCCCCGACCUGCUAUCCCCCGGGGUGUUGAGACGCUCUCUGCCACCAUGUUUGUUCUGGUAGAGAUGACUGACACAGUAAGGAUUCCUCCCUGGCAGUUUGAGAGGAAAUUGAAUGAAUCCAUUGCUGAAGAGCUAAACAAGAAGUUGGCCAAUAAGGUUGUGUACAAUGUUGGCCUCUGCAUCUGCCUGUAUGAUAUCACAAAGCUGGAAGAUUCCUACAUAUUCCCUGGAGAUGGUGCAUCACAUACCAAAGUGCAUUUCCGCUACGUGGUCUUCCAUCCCUUCCUGGAUGAAAUUCUGAUUGGACAGAUUAAAAGCUGCAGCCAGGAUGGCGUUCACGUUUCUAUUGGAUUCUUUGACGAUAUUGUCAUCCCACCAGAAUCCCUGCAGCAGCCAGCGAAGUUUGAUGAAGCGGAGCAGGUGUGGGUGUGGGAAUAUGAGACGGAAGAAGGGGCCCAUGAUCUUUACAUGGACAUUGGGGAGGAGAUCCGCUUCCGAGUUGUGGAUGAAACGUUUGUUGAUACAUCACCGACAGGACCAAGCUCUGCAGAGGCUUCCACUUCGAAUGCCACGGAAGAAGUCCAGAAAAAAGAGGCACCCUACACUCUUGUGGGAUCGAUCAGCGAGCCCGGCCUGGGCCUCCUGUCGUGGUGGACAAACAGCUAGCUGCAAUCAUAGCCUGCUCUGCAGAAAGUCUUUACUGGUGGAUGUUUGGGUGGUUGUGGGAUCCUGCUGGUGCUCAUUGCUCCUCUGAAGCUGAAUAAGAAAUUAGAUCUGCCAUUCUCUGUUUUCCCCUCAGCUUCCAACCUGCCAGGUGGAGACAGUCGCUUUCAAGAAAUGUCUUCUCUUGUCUUUUAGAAGUGAAUUUACAGGCACAAAAAGCCUCGAGAGCAGCAGCACAAACUCAGCUGGAGCUUUGGUCUCCUGCCCCGGAGGGAGAACCGGGGAGGUCUUUACUUGCCUGAAUUAAGAAGGGAGUUGACUUCAGUGAGUGAAAGCAGGAGAGAAUGCCUGUCAAGAUGGAUCACUCCCUUGGGCUGAGAGCUUGAUCCUAGAGGGGCAGAAACUUGCAGUUCUUUGAUGGGAAACAGGAGAAACAGCCAAAGGCUAGAGUUAAUAGAGAUGCGGUAUUCCAGAGACCUGGAAAAUGCUGCUGCUGAGAGGGCAGGGAGGGGUGUGUGGUAAUGUUCUGCUAAGAAUGGGAACUUAACUCAGCCAAAAAAAGAACUGGAAUCACAGUAGUUUACCCAGUAAGCAACUUGGUUCUGUGAAGACAAAGCAGUGUGGAAAGCUACGGGCUGCUCAGUGUGCUGAAUGGAAGCACUUCACGGGGUGGUGGGCUGUAUUUAUGCAGAAUGAGCUAAACUUUGCAGGAGUUCGACUGAAAAUACAUAAUUACAAGCUGAAUCGGACUGAGGCUGCUUUGAGCAAGCUAAACACUUGUUUGUGGGGGUGCGUUCAAUACCAGAAAUGGAAUAAAUAGUAAAAACCACACAGUCUGCCUU